CUUAGCUAAUUAUCCCUUCUAUAGAAGUGCUUCUACAUUUUCAUGAAGUUUCUUUUAAAACAUACAUUUUAGAUAAAUCAUGAAGUGGAGGAAUGGAGGCUGCCUAUUUUGAUUUGGAAAAAUUUCUGAAGCAGAGAAAUGAUGAGGGGGGGGGGAGGUUAUUGCAACAUAAAACAAAAACGAUCUGGGCUGGGCUUAAAAGCGGUUUUGGACACGGUCAAGCGACAACACAACAAUAUUGCCACGGGAGCAACAACAACAAUUCUGAAUACAUGGCAACCAUUGGUUAAGGUGUUCAUAGUUACCAGGGAAAGGAUGGCGAAGUACGUAGUCGCCGGCAAAUCCGAUUGCCCAUUUUUUGCCAAAGCAGAACUUAUUGCAGAUGAACUACAGACAAAACUUGUGGAUUUUAAAGUCCACAAAAUAGUAUUGCAACCGCAAGAGUGGAACCAAUGGGUAGAAAAGACAUGCGCUGAAAGAGAGUGGGCCUACGAUGGGCGAUCACCACUUAUCUGGAGGGAACUGAUAGACCGAGGGGGCAAAGGGAUCUUAGUUGGCUCGUGCAGCGAUUUUCUUGAAAUUGCAAGCGGAUAUUAUGGUAUUAGAUCGCAAAAAAUGACAGACGAGCUACUAAAAAUUGCACAAGAAAAUAAAGAAACAAAGAUCAGAGAUGAUGAAAUAGAAUUGGCACGAAAAGCAAAGAGCAAUCCACUAAAAAUCUGCAUUACUGCUGCUGCUAACGAUGUCUGCUAUCAUUUGCUGGUUGCUCUAUGCAACCUUAAGGUUUUCCCUGAUGAGAAAGAAGUUACAGUCUGCUUACUUGAUGAUGAUGAUAAACAUGAUAUCCUUGAGGGGUCAUGCAUGGAACUGACUGACAGUGCACCUGGUCAGCUCAAAGAGGUAUAUUCCACCAGCAGCAUGGAAAAAGCAUUUAACAAGGCAAAUUUAGUGAUUGUCUUAGAUGGACUUAACUUUCAAAUUGAUGAACCCAGCAAUAAAGAUAAUUUACAAUACUUUGGAACAACUCAAGAGCUUGACCUUUCAUUUGCAAAAUCAUAUGGAGAAAUAUUGAGCCAGCUGGCAGAUAAAAAUGUGAAAGUGGUGGUUGCUGGAGGGCCAUCAAACCUCAUAUGUAAUAUAAUGAUUGCAGCAGUUAAAGACAAUAUGCCAUGGGAAAGUUUCUUUGCGUUGUCACGUCUUGAUGAAAACAAAGCAAAAAAUGUUAUUGCUCAAAGACUUAAUGUAAAAACUGCUGAUGUAAAAAAUGUUGUUGUCUGGGGUCAGCCUCACUAUCAGCAAAUCAUUGAUGUAAGUCAGUCAAGAGUUGUUGGGUAUGAUGGAGCCAUUUGGGGACCACAUAUCAAUGGUUUCUCACAUGAUACAAAAGAAAUGGUUCAUGAUGAGAAGUGGCUUUUAAAGCAGUUAGAAGAAUUAUCACUACAGAAACAAAUAGAUCAGAACAAACUAAGAGGUACUGGAUCAGCCAUUUCAGUUGCAGCAGCCAUUCUUGACCAGCUUUAUGACCUUUACAAUGGCUCCAAACUUGAUCAAAUAUACUCUGUUGCACUUGCCUCUAAGGGAUGGUAUGACAUACCUGAAGGACUUGUGUUUUCAGUUCCAGUCAACUUCAAUGAUGGUAAAGUUGAAGUUGUCUCUACAUUAGAGCUGAAUGAAGAUAUCCUACAAAAGCUCAAAGACAUUACCAUUCAGCUGAAAGAACAUACAGAUAAAGUGCUUGCUUGCUAUGGCUUAAGCCUCUAAAACACCUAUUCUUAUUGCAACUCGACAUACUUCUAUAGAAAUAUCAAAGACAGCACAAAAGAUUUUGCUACUUAUCUCAAUCUGCAGAAAGAAAUUUAAAAACAGGGCAAUUUAUCUAGAGUUGAUUCUGUGAAACCAGAGUGAAUUGUAAUGAAUAACCUUCUAAUCAGUAGUUUGAACAAAACACUUCCAAAAAUAACAUACAAGAAAGGCUGAAACUUUGUUUUCAAUAAUCAGUUUGAUUUUGAAUCCAAAAGUGUGUUUAGGC